AUGUCGUCUCUUCGGAUCCUGCUGGUCGGCAACGGUGGCCGCGAGCACGCCCUUGCCUGGAAGCUCUCCCAAUCGCCAUAUGUGGAGUCCAUCAUCGCCGUUCCUGGCAACGGCGGCACCGCGGGGUUGCCCAAGGUGACCAACACCACCGCCGUUAAGCCCAACGACUACCCCGGCCUCGUCGAGUUCGCAAAGAAGAACAACAUUAACCUCGUCGUCCCUGGCCCGGAGGCGCCCCUCGUCGACGGCAUCGAGGGCUACUUCCGCGAGGCCGGCAUCCCGGUCUUUGGCCCCUCCAGGGAGGCCGCGCGCAUGGAGGGCAGCAAGACCUUUUCCAAGGACUUUAUGAAGAAGCACAACAUCCCGACUGCCGCCUACGAGAACUUUUCCGACUACGAAAAGGCUAGCGAGUAUCUGAAGACUGUCAAGCACAAUGUUGUCAUCAAGGCCACUGGUUUGGCUGCUGGCAAGGGUGUUAUCCUUCCCCAGACUCAGGAGGAGGCUCAGCAGGGUUUGAAGGAUAUCAUGCAGGACAAGGCGUUUGGUGAUGCUGGCAACGAGGUCGUCAUUGAGGAAUUUUUGGUUGGUGAUGAGCUGAGCAUCCUGUCUUUCUGCGACGGUACCACGAUCAAGUCCCUGCCUGCUGCCCAGGAUCACAAGCGAAUUGGCGAUGGCGACACUGGGCUGAACACUGGCGGUAUGGGAUGCUAUGCGCCCACUAAGCUCGCUACCCCUGAGCUCCUCGCUCGUGUUGAGCGCGAGAUUCUUCAGCCUACCAUUGAUGGUAUGCGCAAGGAUGGCUUCCCCUUCAAGGGCUGCCUUUUUACUGGCCUGAUGAUUGCCCCUGAUGGCACCCCCAAGGUGCUCGAGUACAACGUCCGCUUUGGCGACCCGGAGACUCAGACGGUUCUGCCAUUGCUCGAGUCCGAUCUCGCCAAGAUCAUGUACGCCUGCGCCGGCCCUAUCCCCUACCUCGAGGACGUCCCCGUCAAGGUGUCCAACAAGUUUUCCACCACCGUGGUGGUUGCUGCCCCUGGAUACCCCGAGUCAUACCCCAAGAAUAUCCCCAUGCAGGUGUCAGCUGCUCCCCAAGAUAUCACCAUCUUCCACGCUGGUACCAAGCUCACUGGUGACGUUUUGGUCACUGAUGGUGGCCGUGUCAUUGCUGCGAAUGCUGUUGGCGAGUCUCUCCGUGCCGCUGUUGAUAAGGCGUAUGAGGGCGUCAAGCUCAUCAACUUUGAUGGCAUGUACUACCGCAACGACAUUGCUCACCGUGCUUUCCGUGAGUCAGAGGCUUCUGGCAAGCUCACUUAUGCCCAAGCUGGUGUGAGCAUCGAUGCCGGAAACGAGCUUGUCGACCGCAUCAAGGCUGCCGUGGCCACCACCCGCCGCCCUGGCGCCGACGCUGUGAUCGGUGGCUUCGGUGGAGAGGUCGAUCUCUCCCAGGCCGGUUUCCCCGGUGCACCCAUCGUUGUCGGUGCCAUCGACGGUGUCGGCACCAAGCUCAUCAUUGCCCAGAAGAUGAACAAGCACGACACCGUUGGUAUUGAUCUCGUCGCCAUGAACGUCAACGAUCUUGUCGUCCAGGGUGCUGAGCCCUUCAUGUUCCUCGAUUACUACGGCUGCAGUCGCCUUGAUGUGUCCGUUGCUGCUUCUUUCGUUGAGGGUGUUGCCAAGGGCUGCCUCGAGUCUGGCUGUGCUCUUGUUGGAGGUGAAACGGCUGAGAUGCCUGACCUCUACACUGGCGAUGACUACGAUGCUGCCGGCGCCGCCAUUGGUGUCAUGAAGGCUGAGCAGCGUCUCCCCCGCAAGGAUGCCAUGGUUGAAGGCGAUGUCCUCAUCGGUCUUACUUCUUCUGGUGUUCACUCCAAUGGUUUCUCUCUCGUCCGCAAGGUCGUUCAGAAGUGUGGCCUUGAGUACACAGAUGCCUGCCCAUGGGACGGCUCCAAGUCUGUCGGCGAGGCGCUUUUGACCCCCACGAAGAUCUAUGUCAAGCCUUUGCUCAAGGUUCUGGCUUCUGAGCCCGGUGCUGCUGCUGUCAAGGGUAUGGCGCAUAUCACUGGUGGUGGUCUGACUGAGAACGUCCCCCGCAUGUUGCCCAAGCACCUCUCUGCUGAGAUUGAUGUCGCGGCGUGGGAGUUGCCGCCUGUGUUCAAGUGGCUUGCCGAGAGCGUUGAGCCCGCGGAGAUGGGCAGGACGUUCAACACUGGUAUUGGCAUGGUGGUUGCUGUUGCUGCUGAGGGUGUUGAGGGUGUUGUUAAGGGGUUGGAGGAGGCUGGUGAGAAGGUGUAUACUUUGGGUAGGUUGACGAAGAGGCCGGAGGGUGGUAAUGGGUGUGAGUUGAGGAAUUUGGAGAGCUGGGCUUAG